AUGGCGUCCUAUGACCAGCUGCUGAGGCAGGUGGAGGUGCUGAAGAUGGAGAACUCGACUCUGAGACAGGAGCUGCAGGACAACUCCACCCACCUGAGCAAGCUGGAGUCUGAGGCCUCCAACAUGAAGGAAGUGUUGAAGCAGCUUCAGGGGUCGAUCGACGAAGACACAGCCGACAGUGGACACGAGCUCAUGGAGCGACUGAAAGAGAUGAGCCUUGACCCGUCGGGGAUGAAGCCCAGGGCCAGGCCUCUUGUUCCCCCUUCAUCCUCUUCCUCCUCAGCCUCCUCCUCUGGAGGUCCAGUCCCCCGAAGAGGAGCACCACCUGCAGGCCAUGAAGGACACGAGAGAGCAGCUCCAGGCCGAGCAGAACGGGAGGGGCACGAGAGAGCAGCUCCAGGCCGAGCAGAACGGGAGGGGCACGAGAGAGCAGCUCCAGGCCGAGCAGAACGGGAGGGGCACGAGAGAGCAGCUCCAGGCCGAGCAGAACGGGACGGGCACGAGAGAGCAGCUCCAGGCCGAGCAGAACGGGAGGGGCACGAGAGAGCAGCUCCAGGCCGAGCAGAACGGGAGGGGCACGAGAGAGCAGCUCCAGGCCGAGCAGAACGAGAGGGGCACGAGAGAGCAGCUCCAGGCCGAGCAGAACGAGAGGGGCACGAGAGAGCAGCUCCAGGCAGAGAGGGACAUGAGAGGGCAGCUCCAGGCAAGGCUCUAGACGAUCUGGAGAAGGAGAGAGCGCUCCUAUUGGCUGAGCUGGAAAAAGAAGAGAAGGAGAAAGACUGGUACUACGCUCAGCUGCAGAAUUUGACAAAACGCAUCGACAGCCUGCCACUCACCGAGAAUUUCACGCUGCAGACAGACAUGAGCCGUCGACAGCUGGAGUUUGAAGCUCGUCAGAUCCGUUCAGCGAUGGAGGAACAACUGGGAACAUGUCAGGAGAUGGAGAGGAGAGCCCAGGCUCGAGUUUGCCGGAUUCAGCAGAUCGAGAAGGAGAUUCUUAAACUUGGGUCCAAGAACCAGGACGUAGCGCACACGACCUCUGAGCCCGGUGCUUUGACCCCUGCUGCUAGCUCCGGCCGAUUGGACCUGGACUCGGCCAAUGACAGCGCUGCUUUCUCUGUGCCUCGACGAAUCACCAGCCACCUGGGAACCAAGGUGGAGAUGGUGUACAGCUUGCUGUCGAUGCUGGGGACCCAUGACAAAGACGACAUGUCCCGGACACUUCUGGCCAUGUCCUCGUCCCAGGACUCGUGCAUUGCCAUGAGGCAGUCGGGCUGUUUACCUCUGCUCAUUCAGCUGCUCCACGGCAACGACAAGGACUCCCUGCUGCUGGGGAACUCUCGGGGCUCUAAAGAGGCUCGGGCUCGUGCUGCAGCCGCCCUCCACAACAUCGUGCACAGUCAGCCUGAAGACAAGAGAGGCCGGAGAGAGACCCGAGUCCUGCAUCUGCUGGAGCAGGUCCGGGUCUACUGCGAGUCCUGCUGGGUCUGGCAAGAGGACCGCAACCACCCCAUGCCGUCCCCGGUGGAGCAUCAGAUCUGUCCUGCUGUGUGUGUCCUGAUGAAGCUGUCCUUUGACGAGGAGCAUCGCCACGCCAUGAACCAGCUAGGAGGUCUUCAGGCCAUCGCGGAGCUGCUGCAGGUGGACUGUGAGAUGUUUGGGCUGAGCUCGGAUCAUUACAGCGUCACUCUGAGGAGGUACUCAGGGAUGGCCCUCACCAACCUCACCUUCGGGGACGUGGCCAACAAGGCCACUCUGUGCUCCAUGAAGGGCUGUAUGAGAGCCAUGGUCGCACAACUCAAGUCUGAGAGUGAAGAUCUGCAGCAGGUGAUUGCCAGUGUGCUGAGGAACCUGUCGUGGAGAGCAGACGUAAACUCUAAGAAGUCUCUGAGGGAAGUGGGAAGUGUGCGAGCCCUCAUGAGCUGUGCACUGCAAGUGCAGAAGGAGUCCACGCUGAAGUCCGUGCUGUCGGCGCUCUGGAACCUAUCGGCGCACUGCACAGAGAACAAGGGCGACAUCUGCUGCGUGGAGGGCGCGCUGGCGUUCCUGGUGGGGACGCUCACUCACCGUAGCCAUAGCAACACGCUCGCCAUCAUCGAGAGCGGCGGCGGCAUCCUGCGCAACGUGUCAAGCCUCAUCGCCACCAACCACACCCACAGGCUGGUCCUCCGGGAGCACGGCUGUCUGCCGACGCUGCUGCAGCACCUGAAGUCUCACAGUUUGACGAUCGUGUCGAACGCCUGCGGGACGCUGUGGAACCUGUCUGCGCGCGACGCCACCGACCAAGAGACGCUGUGGGAGCUGGGCGCAGUGGGGAUGCUCCGGAACCUCAUCCACUCGCGCCACAAGAUGAUCGCCAUGGGCAGCGCGGCAGCUCUGCGCAACCUGAUGGCCAACCGGCCGGCGCGCUACAAGGACACCAGCGUGGUGUCUCCAGGAGGGGGCGCUCCCUCGCUGCACGCACGUAAACAGAAGGCGCUGUUUGAGGAGCUGGACGCGCAGCAGCUGUCGGAGACCUUUGACAACAUCGACAACCUGAGCCCAAAGACCGCGCACCGCAGGGGGCGCUGCGCCGCCCCGGGCUCCCGUUCCUACGCCAACACGCCCGUCCUGUCCAGCCCCAAACGCCACGACGCCCGCGUCUUCCCCCCGAGCGUGCGGGCCUCCAGCGACAGCCUGAACAGCGUCACCAGCGCAGACGGCUACGGCAACCGCGGCAAAACCAAACCCUCGUCCACCACCGACUGCUGCCCCGAGGACGGCGCCGCCUGCGUCUACAGGAAAUACCCCGCCGAUCUGGCACACAAGAUCCGCAGCGCUAACCACAUGGACGACGACGGCGCCGAGCUGGACACGCCCAUCAACUACAGCCUGAAGUAUUCUGACGAGCAGCUGAACUCCGGGCGCCAAAGCCCGAGUCUGAGCGAGCCGCGAGCACCGCGCUACAGCAACAGUACGUAUGAACCGCCACCAGAACAGCCCAUUGACUACAGCCUGAAGUACAGCGCCCCAAAAGACGCUGCCCCCGCACCUAAGCUCCGCCCCCUGCAGCCUCCCGCAGCCAAUCGCGUGGCCCAGAAGGAGUCUCCGCAGACGUACUGCGUGGAGGACACGCCCAUCUGCUUCUCUCGCGGCUCGUCGCUGUCAUCGUUGUCUUCAGAGGACGAGGCCCAUGAGAUGCUGGCUGCAAAACGCCGCGGCGUUGCAGGGGGAGACCGCGACAACAGUAACUACCCCACGCUACCGGCGAGCGAGAAGAGCGAGGAACAGAAGCAGCGGAAAGAAGCAGAGAGCCAAACCGCAGACUCUGCCUCCAACGCCAAAAGCAAACGCCACCAUCACCACGAGACGCGCCACCAUCACCACUCUGCCUCAGGCGCCCGCACGCCCAAGAGCCCGCCGGAGCCGGCGCCGUUGUACGCUCAGGAGACGCCGCUCAUGUUCAGCCGCUGCACCUCCGUCAGCUCCUUGGACUCCUUCUCCACCUCCUCCAUCGCUUCCUCUGUGCGCUCCUCUGAGCCCUGCAGCGGCGUUCCCAGCGGCGUCAUCAGCCCCAGUGACCUGCCUGACAGCCCGGGCCAGACCAUGCCCCCGAGUCGUGCCAAGACUCCGCCCCCUCCUCCCAAACAGGAAGUGAUGUCACUACGUCCCGAGGCGGAGCCCAGCGCGGAUCUGCUGCUCCACUUCCACACAGAGAGCACCCCCCAUGGCUUCUCCAAGGCCUCCAGUCUGAGCGCGCUCAGUGUGGAUGAGCCGUACAUCGCGGACCUCAAGCUGGCCGAGCCGUACGAUGAGCAGGUGCGAGCGGAGCAGCAGCUGCAACCCGAGCACCUGGACAAAGCAGAGCUGUUGGAGGGAGAGUCGGACGAUGACAUCGAGAUCCUGGAGGCGUGCAUCAACAUGGCCAUGCCCAAGUCCUCACGCAAACACAAGAAACAGGCCCCGCAAGCCCCGCCCACUGAUUCAGCACAACCAAUCAGGAAGUCCAGCCAGCUGCCAGUCUACAAACUCCUGCCCCCACAGAGCCGCGUCCAAUCACAGCUCAGGAAGCAGGACGAGUCCGACGACAUGCCCAGAGUUUAUUGUGUGGAAGGAACGCCGCUCAACUUUUCUACCGCCACCUCGCUCAGCGACCUCACCAUCGAGUCCCCGCCCCCAGAGAAAGCUCCGGCCCCUGUGGAGGCCCCGCUCUCUCAGAGAAGGGCACCGCCCCCUCCGGCCAGGGCGCCGCCUCCUGAGGGCGAGAACGGAGACGACAUUUUGGCCGAAUGCAUCAAUGCCGCGAUGCCAAAGUCCAAACUACGCAAACCACAGCCGGUGUCUCGACCUAUAGCAGAGCAGAGCCUCCAGACCCCGCCCUCCCUGCCACCUCAAGUCCCGCCCCCUCUGAAUGUGCAGCAGCAGAAGAAGAAGCCCACGUCUCCGGUGAAGCCGCAGCAGCGAGCGCUCCGACAGAAACCGGGCUUUACCUUUGACUCACCGCGACACUACACUCCCAUCGAAGGCACGCCCUGCUGCUUCUCACGCAACGACUCUCUCAGCUCGCUCGACUUUGACGAGGACGAUGCCAAAGCCCCGCCCCCUGUUGUAGCCCUGCCCCCUCCGGUUGUAGCCCAACUCCCUGCUGUAGCCCCGCCUCCUGCCACAGCCCCGCCCGCCGCCCCCAAGCCUGCUGACGAGCAGCUGCAAUUCUCUAUGGAGGACACGCCCGUGUGCUUUAGCAGAAACUCCUCCCUGUCAUCGCUCAGCGACAUUGACCACGAGAACAACAACAAACCUGAAGCUCCGCCCCCAGACCCUGCCCCCUCGGAGCCCCGCCCCCCACACUGCUACAUCCCCAAAGCGUUUCACGUGGAGGACACGCCCGUGUGCUUCAGCAGGAACUCCUCUCUGUCCUCGCUCUCCAUCGACUCUGAGGACGACCUGCUGCAGGAGUGCAUCAGCUCUGCCAUGCCCAAGAAGAAGAAGAAAGCUCCGCCCCCCGCUGAGGCCCCACCCCCCAUCGAAGCCCCUCCCCCCCGCAGCCCUGUGUCACCUGACUCAGAGUCGUUCGACUGGAAGGCGAUCCAGGAGGGCGCCAACGCCAUCGUGUCCUCACUCCACGCCGCCGCAUCACUGUCACGCCAGGGCUCCUCCGACUCAGACUCUGUGCUGUCACUCAAGUCUGUAGGCUCCUCCCCCUUCAGGCUCAGGAAGGCUCCCGAGGUCACAGAGAGCCCCGCCCACAACGAGAGCCCUGAACACAACGAAAGCGAUGCCCACACCAACCCGCCCUCAGACCCCCCCUCCCCUCCUGAGCGCCGUGGCGCCCGCAUCCUGAAGCCCGGCGAGCGCAGUGCGCUGGAGCCGCGGCCGGAAGAGGACAAAGGCGUCCGCGGUGGGAAGAAGGUUUACCGCAGUUUAAUCACUGGGAAACCGCGCUCCGAGCCCAGCGCCCGUGGGCGCGCCAAACCCAGGGCUGUGAUUGGCCCCAAACUAGGAAGUAAUGCAGACGAAAAGACUGGCAGCUCAUCACGAGACUCCACCCCCUCCCGCAAACUCAAACCUCCAAGCCCUGCCCCCAAACCUCUGUCUGCAGCUAGCCCCGCCCCUAAACCUCUGUCUGCAGCUAGCCCCGCCCCUAAACCUCUGUCUGCCCCGAGCCCCACCCCUAAACCUCUGUCAUCUGCAAGCCCCGCCCCCAAACCGUCCUUAAAGCCCAAAGCAGCCGCGUUGCCGCGCAGCGACUCAGUGCAGAAGAAGUCUGAUGCGGAGAAGCCGCCGGCGCUUGUGCGACAGUCAACGUUCAUCAAAGAGACGCCGAGUCCGACGCUCAAACGCAAACUGGACGAGUCCCAGAGCUCCGCCCCCAUCGACCCACCCAGUCCCGACAUGUCCACUCAAAGCCGUGCCCACUCUGAGAGCCCGUCCCGCCCACAGGAAGUUACAUCAUCACGCAUCAACCGCACUGGCACCUGGAAACGAGAGAACAGCAGCGCAGCUAAUGCUAACGGAAAACACUCCACAUCUCUGCCGCGGGUCGGCACAUGGAAACGCACAGGAAGCUCGUCCUCCAUCUUGUCUGCAUCAAGCGAGUCGAGCGAGAGAGGGGCAAGUGAGAGGGGAGGGGCGAGCGAGAGGGAGGAGGAAGUGACAUCACAGCGCAGAGGAACGUGGCGUAAGAAGAAGAGUAGCUCGGGCGAGCGCUCGGGCGGCUGUGAAGACGUGUGGGUGCGGCUGGAGGACUGUCCUGUCAAUAACCCACGCUCCGCCUCUUCCUGCUCUAAUGCUCCGCCCAUAAUUGAUAGCCCCACCUCCCGGCUGCCCUCAGGCUCCGCCUCCUGCUCCAACCUGAACCUGCGCCGCAGCUGUGAGAGUUUAGAUGACAAACCGCAGAGAGUGGCGCCGCGCGGAACGGUGGCCGCACGCGUCAGUCCCUUUAACUACACACCGAGCCGCAAGACGGAGCCUACGACCACAAGCACCACUGUGGCUAGCACCACUGUGGCUAGCACCACCCCCACGCGGCCCUCGCUCAUCCCUACGCCUGUCACCAAGAAGCGUGAGCCCAAAGGAGAGGGAGGGGCUGGGGGCGGCGCCGGGGGCGGGGAGAGGGGCUCCUACAUUGUCACUUCAGUGUGA